AUGGCCCAUGAGGCCUAUUUUUCCAUAGUGAGGUCUAGCUCUGACUGUGGCUGGGGCAGCCGUCACUUCGGAGGGUUGCCCGGGACUCAGCCUGAGUCCAGUAUUGAGGUCUGUCGUCGGCUGAGCUACAACCUUAUCUGCGGGAGGGCAAACGGCCCUUGCAAAUGUCGUGAGUUCCUUAUUUUUAUGCCUUUUGUCAACAUUUCCGGUUUAUUUCGCACCCUACAGAAACCGGAUCUGUUGGCUCUUUUGUUGUUGUUGUUGUUUUGUGAAAUUACUCAUCCUUUCCAGUUUUACUUCUCAAUUUUUACGCUCUUUACCGACUUUUCACCGCUUGUGGACUAUAAGGAGCCACUAAUUGCUCAAGUAGAUGGCAAAACCAACGACGAUGAUGACAAUGACGGCAUUAAGGACUUCCAUGAAGAUGAGAAUACAAACCAACGUCUUGACAUACUUGAAGCCAAGGACACCGACGGAGACGGUAUUCCCGACUACCUGGACGAUGAUGACGACAAUGACGGAAUUCCAGACUCCGAAGAUGAUGACGAUGAUGGCGAU